AUGGCGGCAACUUUUCUGGCAAAGCUUUUGAUCACUGCCGUGGUACUGCUGCCUUCUGCGGUGGUUCUGUGCAGUUUCCCCGCCACUCUGACUCUGGAGAGAGCUUUUCCAACAAACCACAGAGUGGAACUGAGUCAACUCAGAGCUAGAGACGGAGUCCGGCAUGGAAGGAUGUUGCAGCAGUCUUCUAGUGGCGGCGGCGGUGUCAUCAAUUUCCCCGUUGGAGGGACCUUCGAUCCAUACAUAGUUGGUGUGAAGUUGGGUACACCUGCAACAGAGUUUUAUGUGCAGAUUGAUACUGGAAGUGAUGUUUUGUGGGUUGGCUGCAAUUCCUGCAAUGGUUGCCCCAAAUCAACUGGACUUAAAAUUCAGCUGAAAUCUUUUGACCCUAAAAGCUCAUCAACUGCCUCAUUGGUGUCUUGUUCUGAUAAAAUAUGUUCCCUUGGACUUCAGACACAAGAUUCUAGCUGUGAUGCAAAGGAUAAGCAGUGUACUUAUGGGUUCAAGUACGGAGAUGGCAGUGAAACAUCGGGCUAUUAUGUAUCAGACUUGUUGCAUUUUGACACAGCUGGCGGUGGUCAGUCUGUCACCUCAAACUCUUCAGCUAACAUUGUCUUUGGGUGUAGCACCUUAGCAACCGGGGUCUUGCAGAAAACAGAUAGAGCAGUUGAUGGGAUUUUUGGAUUUGGACAGCAGGAAUUAUCUGUCAUCUCACAGCUGUCUUCACAGGGAGUAGCACCAAAAGUAUUUUCCCACUGCUUCAAAGGAGAUGACACUGGUGGGGGGAUACUGGUUCUUGGUGAGAUCGUGGAUCCUAACAUCGUUUAUAGCCCGCUUGUCCAAAAUCAGCCUCAUUAUAACUUAAAUCUGGAGAGCAUUAGUGUUAACGGCCAAACGCUAGCCAUUGAUCCAUCAGUUUUUUCAACAUCAAGCAACCAAGGAACAAUAGUUGAUUCUGGGACAACUUUGGCAUACCUUGCAGAAGAUGCAUAUGAUCCUUUUGUCAAUGCUAUAACAAGCGCUGUCUCACAAUCCGUGACCCCUGUUACCUCCCAGGGAGAACAAUGCUACAUAGUCACAUCCAGCAUCACUGGUAUAUUUCCUCAAGUUAACUUGAACUUUGCUGGUAAUGCAUCCCUGAUUCUAAGACCGGAGGACUACCUUUUGCAGCAGAAUACUGUCAGUGGUGAUGAAGUAUGGUGCAUUGGCAUCCAGAAAAGUGACGGUCAAGAUAUAACUGUAUUGGGAGACCUCAUCCUGAAAGACAAAAUCAUUGUCUAUGAUUUGGCCAAUCAACGGAUUGGUUGGACUCAAUAUGACUGUUCAACGUCAGUCAAUGUCUCUACAAAUACUAGCAGAGGAACUGCAUCUGUUAAUGCAGGGUCCAUAAACGUUAGCAGUUCAGCAUGCAGCGAGCCUUUCAAACUCGUACCGAUAAGCAUGGUGGCUUUCCUUGUUCACAUAUCAGUCAUUUACAUUUUCCCAUUCUUGUAG